AACCCCGGCCCUCCAGCGUACGAGGGGGCAGGUGGCUUCAUGCACAGCGCGGCCGCAGCGUCCCCCGUCUAUGUGCCCACCACGAGGGUCACCUCCAUGCUUCCCAGCCUGCCAUACCUCCAGAGCACCGGCUCUUCCCAGCAAGGCAGCCCCGUCUCCAGCCACUCCAUUUGGACUCAACCCGGAGACGAAAGCGCCGCAUACACCCCCAUCCCCGCCACCUCUUCCCGGGAAGCCGCGGCGGCUUACAGCAGCUCCUUGAACCUUUCUGCUAACGGGAGGGAGCAAUACAGCAGGGGUUUCGGCAGCUCCUAUUCCAGCCCCUACCCGGCUUAUAUGAGCCCCGAAAUGGCCACCACUUGGACUUCUUCACCCUUCGACAGCCCCAUGCUGCACAACCUGCAGAGCCGAGGGACGCCCACAGCCACCCGGCAUGCCAACAUAGCAGAAUUUUUUGAUGAUUAUUCAGAGGGGCGAGAAUGUGUCAACUGUGGAGCCAUGUCCACCCCGCUCUGGAGGAGAGACGGCACGGGGCACUACCUCUGCAACGCCUGCGGGCUCUACCACAAGAUGAAUGGCAUCAACCGGCCUUUGUUCAAACCUCAGAGGAGGCUGUCGGCUUCUCGCCGCGUCGGCCUCUCUUGUGCCAACUGCCACACAACGACAACCACGCUCUGGCGCAGAAAUGCCGAGGGAGAGCCCGUCUGUAACGCCUGCGGACUCUACAUGAAGCUCCAUGGGGUUCCAAGGCCUUUAGCAAUGAGAAAAGAGGGCAUUCAGACGAGGAAGCGCAAGCCAAAGAACCUUAACAAAACAAAGACGCCAGCAGGUCCGUCCAGCAGCGAGAGUCUUACUCCAACCACCAGCUCCACCAGCAGCAGCAGCAGUGCCACGACCACUGAGGAAAUGCGCCCCAUAAAAACAGAACCUGGGCUCUCAUCUCAUUAUGGGCACCCCAGCCCAAUUUCUCAGGCAUUCUCAGUCUCUGCCAUGUCUGGACAUGGAUCAUCUAUUCACCCUGCGAUUUCAGCUCUGAAGCUUUCCCCACAGGCUUACCAGUCAGCUAUCAGCCAGUCUCCACAAACCAGCUCCAAACAGGACUCCUGGAAUAGCCUGGUGUUAGCUGAAAACCACGGGGACAUCAUAACUGCAUAACCUGGUCUUCCACCCAUGGACUUCAGGCUAAUCUGCUUGAGAGAUGAAGAAGAUGCCAUGUAAUCAUCAAGUCAAUGUUGUUUCCCACCUCCCCUGCUCUCCUGCCUUCUAUCCCCUUGUGAGAUGUCCAGCAAAGAGGUAAAGAGGACUUAUAUGAGGUGUAGGAGAGCUCUUAUGAAACAAACAGAGAAGACUCAAAUCUCAAAGUAACUAAUGGAUGUGAAGCCUUUUUUCCCACUUUAAAUGAGCCUCUCUAUUUGAUUGUCACCACCUUCUAUGAAAUAGCCA